UGACGUUGUUUUCAGACACGGUUUCACACCACACUCGAGUGUGAACUUUUCGUUGUCAGGUUAGAAGCGCCGAAUGUAACUUGACUGUGCAAGAGAAGUCAAUCUUUUUACGAUGGCACUGUUAAGAAAAGGACAUAAACUGAUGUUGCACACAGCAAGACAGUCAAGUAUCAGAUGUUUUAGAUCAUCGUCAGUUGUGCUGAGUGGUGGAACUCAGAGUGAAUUCACAGGUUUGGAAAACUGUUUUAUUUGGGAUGACAAGCAUGGCUUUGGUUUCAACAAGGAUGGAGAAGUUGUUAUUGUCAGGCCAAAUGCCAGUACCUCUCCUACUGUAACUGAAAGCCCAGUGUUCAGUUCUAAGGAUCUCAACAUUCCCUCACCAGACUUAAUGGAGCAAGAUCCAGGAACUGGGGAUGGUCAAAUGAAUACAGGCUGAACCAGGAUAUAUCAAAUUAUCCAGCUUUAGAACAACAAAAGCACUGUAAAAACUGUUUGACAAUGAUAUUGGCUGAUUAUUUUUUUGUUCCAUAACCAUGCAAUUAUAUGAAUCUAUAGUUACCAGUAAUAGUAUGUACACAUGUGUUUACCUAACAACCUUUAAAACUUUUGAAGGCUUGCACAUUCUACGCGUGUUUAUUUAGAAGGCCCUUCAAGGCAGUGCAUUACAAUCAUCUAUUACUCACUCCAGUUUUUAUCAGCAGACUUUGUGAAUGAAUUUUUGUCCAAGAUUCUGUUAUAAGGUUUGUCACGUAACUCUAUGGAGAACCUGGCUGAUCUGAUGAUGACACAGACAUAAUAACUUGUGAUUGCACUGACAAGUCAAUCUGCUAAAAAUCUUGUUAUAUUGUGAUCUGUGGCAUCCAGAGCUUGUUUUAAAAAAUCUAUGGUGUACAGUAGAGUUGCCAGCUAAAAUAAAUAACAUUGUGGUAAAAGCCUUUUUUCAAACUAAAGCAAAUGUUUCAAAAGCGUGGUAAAAUGGCCAAUUUGAUGAGUGAAGGGGCACAACAUUAUCACUAACUUUUGUAGCAUAAAAUUUUCAGGCCUUAAUCACUGUUACUGUUAUGAUGUUCAUAAGUACCCAUCAACACGUGAGAUGUUUAUUCCUCCUUUACUUGAUAUCAAUAAGUGGCACACGGUCUGGUAAAUAAUUCCAAAAUAUGCAGUGCAAAUUAAUUAGGCAUUUGGACUUUGGCGUACUGACAGCAGUGAGUUUAUCAGGUCCAUUUGCAAUGAUUAAGUAGCAAUUUUUGUACAAUUGCAAGUAGGGUGCACACCUGCUAGUUUACUAGCAUUUACAAAAUGCUUACUAGACGUAUUGGUAGAUGAGUUUCAUUUUAUUUAUAUAUUUAUUGUUUUGCUGGGAGGGGUUGGGGCAGCCGUUAAGGUCUUGAUAGUUUUAAGGGAUUUCAUUAUUAGCACAUGAAAGAAAAGGUUUUGAAUGCGCUGGUCUUGUGACAUUGUUCACUUUAAAUCUUGGUAAAUGUGUGACAACUGUAGUUUAUUACAAUUUAAGUUCAGAGUUUUGCAUAGGUCUGAUCUGUAGUAUAGUUACAAAAGAUCAGAGUCUUCGAAAUUUCAAGUCUUGAAAAGAUUCACCAAAUGAUGCUAAAUAUUUCUAUUAAUUGUAACCCAACUUUUUAUACAGCAACAAAAAUAUGCCAUAAAUCUUAAAACAAUGAAUCAAAUUCACCUCAUACAAUUUUUGAAUCAAUAAAAUUGAUAGAUUGUGCA